UGGCGGCGUCAAGUAGGGCAGUCGCUGGUGGAGGUGGUGGAGAGACAGGUGGCAGGGGAGAGCCCGGCUGAGCUGAAGUCCGGCCGCUGGAGCCCCGCGUCGGGGCGUGACGGUCAUCCCAAAAGGCCGAGCCCAGUUUUCAUCCGUUUCUUCUGUAAGCUGUCAACAUGACCCUGACAAAAGGUUCCUUCACCUACUCCAGUGGAGAGGAAUAUCGUGGCGAGUGGAAGGAGGGUCGCAGACAUGGUUUUGGUCAACUGAUGUUUGCAGAUGGUGGCACUUACCUGGGUCAUUUUGAGAAUGGACUGUUUAAUGGCUUUGGGGUACUGACCUUCUCAGAUGGCUCAAGGUAUGAGGGGGAAUUUGCCCAGGGCAAGUUUAAUGGCGUUGGAGUCUUCGUUCGCCACGACAACAUGACCUUUGAGGGAGAAUUUAAAAAUGGCAGAGUGGAUGGUUUUGGCCUGCUGACUUUCCCUGACGGUUCGCAUGGAAUACCCCGCAACGAAGGUCUAUUUGAGAACAACAAGCUGUUGCGGCGGGAGAAGUGCUCCGCGGUGGUUCAGCGGGCCCAGAGCGCCUCCAAGUCCGCCAGGAACCUGGCAGCCUGACACUGCGCGCCUCACCGGAGGUGCUCACUGGAGGUGAGCAAAGGAACCAGCUGUGGAGGAAAUGCGGAGGACCCGGAGCAGAAGCCUUACGAAGGGCCGGUCACCGGCCAGUCAGGGAUUUGGUCACAGAAGUUCUGAGGACUCUGGCCCUGAGGCCCUGCAGCAGUAUUGCCUGUUCUGUCUUUUCCUUUUGUUGCUUGUCAGACUCGCUGUUCCUAACGGGUGGGCUACCUAGUGCAGACCUGCUGUUGCCUUCUACUUCAUUUUCUGCUUCCAUGCAGAAUCUCUUCUUUCUGCUACGUUUGGGAUAACUUAGGGCCCCCAUUGGGGGCCAGUGCUUUGUGCUACCCUGGAGAAAUAGGGGAAAGAAUGGGGUGGCUUAGACAACACUGUACGCCUGUGAAAAUCAACACCAGAGCUUUUUUCCACCUUGGGCCCUCUGCUAAGGUGGAUUCCAGGCCCUCUGCUUUGUCUGCCAGACCAGUAUUCGUCUCUUCUUAUCACCCCUGUGAAGGAUUCAGUAAGAGUGCGGUUUCCCUCUCUUCACUUUGCAGGCUGUCUUCCUUACCUGAGCGACAGCAUCUAACCCCCAUUUGUGCCUCUCUCCUUCCUUAGAUGUGGAACAGGAUCCCUUUAAGGAAUAGUCAAGAAAGAAACUCAUGUGAACAGUCACCUUGUAAGUUGUAUUCAUUACUCUAGGGCAAAGGGCAGACAGAGCUGAGCCACGUCAGGCCCCAUCACAAAGUGAAUUGAAUCCUUAGGGAUGGCUCAAGCUGGCACAGUUCCUUCCAGUGGACUGGUUGCCCAGCCCCACCUUGACCCCUUGGGGUUUAGGUAGAAUGGGGCCCUUCCUAGGACUGCGGUGAACUUAAAGAGUGCUGUCCAUUUGGUUCACUGUAACUCUUUAUAAUGAACCUUGGCUGUGAGGCCUGGGAUCAGAUCUUGACUGCUGGGAUCCCUGUACAGUUUCACACAGACCUCCAGUUACCCGUGACCCAGUUAUUCCCUGCCCUACCCCACCCCCAGCCCCUUCCCCUCACACUGAAUAUCUCAAUAGCAGAUGGUGGUGGAAAUUCUAGCCGUGUGCCUCUAUUUAUUCUCUGAAUUGUACUGUAGAAACAAGUGUUGAUGAGGAAUAAACAAACACCAGAACUGCCUAUACUUAGUUUCCGUGGCUUUCUUGCUCUGUAUCCUUAGGAAUUACCAACUGUAGUGGGUGGCAGGAAUGGGCACAGUGCAGGUUUUCUAUGAUCCGAGCAGACAGGAAAAGGAGAGUCCUGGAAACCUCGGUGGCUUUUACAGGCUUCUAUUGGGAUUUACCAGGUACACAACUGGCAAAGGGUGCCAGGGGGCCGGAAGGCUGGCAGGCCUCCCAACCCCCAGCAAGUCUUCACUCUUUCUGGGCUCUCUGGCGUUUUCUGCUUUUUUUUCGCUCUCUGUUUUGCUCUCUUUCUCUCUGCUUCUCUGCUCUGCUUCUACUGUUUGCUCUCUGCUCUACUGGCGUCCCCAUGAUGUUGCCCUCAUAAGCACAGUCUUAGCCCAGGUGAAUCCCAUCUGCAUAUGCUCACACCUAUUCCAGGUGCCCGCCAUCAGGCAUGAAUUCAGGACCACAAGGAUCCAUCAUCAAUCCUAAUGGUGAGAGGGCAGAAAAGCCUGAUGCUUUUUCACUUACCCCACACCAACCCAUUUGCUGUUUCUAAAAGUUAAUCACAGAUUGGAGCUAAGGUCUGACACUGCACACUUCACUUGCAUGAUAACUAAUUCUCCUCUGAAGUGUAGGAGCUAUUUUAAAUCAGAUAUGCUCAGGUAGCCCAACCUAAUAAGUGGCAGAGCUGAUUUUUAAUCCCCAUUUUUCUGAUUCUAAAGCACUUUCCACUGUUGUCCUGGGACCAGUUAUUGGCACCAGCUGGUUUCCCUUAGGCACAUCACCUCCUGCCUGGGUUUCCCCUUCUCUGCAGCAAACAGAGUAACACUCCUCCAGCUCAGCUAGCAUGUGACAUCUGCCUGCCACUCUGUCCUUACAUGCAUGAUCUUACACAGGCCUGAGAGGAAGGUUCUAGUUAUACUUGCAUUACAGAUGAGCUCAGGGCAGUAAAGCAGUUUCUCCAAGGUCUUGUAACCUCUAAGGGGCAGAUCCCAGAAUUUUAAUCCAGGCCUAUUUAAGCCCAGGGGCUGCGCUUCUCACCAGGAUAUCAUUAACUUCCCCCAUCCCUCCCCUCCCCCAUCUCUAAAUCUGAUUCUCCUCUGAGCCCAGGUCCUCUGGA